UUUUAAUUUAUAUAUGCAUUAUGCAGGCCUUUGCAGUUACUCUCACGUUAGAAUGUUAGAGUCGUUAGACCAUUUAAAUGAGUGAUUUAGAGUUUUCCAAUCCGAUCUAAAUCUCAAACCUUUCUUCUUAUUUCACCUCUAAUAAUUUAAUUAAGACUCCCAUAUUUCUUGGAGCUAGCUAGCUUUUAUCGGUUAGGUGAAAAUGGGUAGUAGUACUAGUAGUAAUGGUAUUGGUAAUGGAAUAAUAGUGAAUAACAAGAAGAUAUCUGCAUCUUCAGCCAGAGCUCACACCAGAAAAACCAACCAAAACUCUUCAUUUCAACUAUCCCCAGGAAUGUUGAGGAAAUUAAUAGGUUUGUUCUUUGUGGGAAUUCUUUCAUAUGCAUACCAAGCAAUCCAACCACCUCCACCAAAGCUAUGUGGCUCACCAGGAGGUCCUCCUAUUACAGCACCAAGAAUAAAACUCAGAGAUGGAAGACAUUUGGCCUAUAAAGAGCUUGGUGUGCCAAAAGAAUCUGCCAAGUAUAAGAUUGUGUUUAUUCAUGGUUUUGAUUCUUGCAGGCAUGACAAUUUCGCCAAAUUCUUGUCCCCGGAUCUUGUUCAAGAGCUAGGUGUGUAUGUUGUGUCUUUCGAUAAGCCUGGUUAUGGAGAGAGCGAUCCUCACCCGAAGCGUACGGUGAAGUGCAUAGCUUUCGAUAUAGAAGAGCUUGCUGAUCAAUUGGGGCUAGGAUCCAAAUUCUAUGUUGUGGGAUUCUCAAUGGGUGGACAGGCUGUGUGGAGUGUCCUUAAAUACAUUCCUCAUAGGUUAGCAGGAGCAGCACUUAUAGCUCCUGUUGCAAACUAUUGGUGGACUGGUUUUCCUUCUAAUAUAUCGAAACAAGCUUAUGAUCUUCAACUUCUGAAUGAUCAGUGGGCAGUAAGUGUGGCUCACCAUGCACCGUGGCUCGUUUACUGGUGGAAUUCUCAAAAAUGGUUCCCCUCUUCUAGUGCCAUUGCUCACAAUCCUGCUGUUUUCUCAACCAAGGACAUGGAACUUGUCAUGAAACCACAUUGGCAAUCGAGAAUGGAAUACGCGGCAUACAUAAGACAGCAGGGUGUGCAGGAGAGUCUCAACCGGGACAUGAUUUUGGGAUUCGGGAAGUGGGAGUUUAGUCCUCUUGAUUUGGCUAAUCCAUUUCCAAACAAUGAAGGGUCUGUCCAUCUAUGGCAUGGAGAUGAUGACCAGCUUGUGCCUGUUUUGCCUCAACGCUACAUUGUCCAACAACUCCCAUGGAUUCACUACCAUGAAAUGCCUGGUGAUGGCCAUUUGUUACAUGAAGCUGAAGGAGUUGCUGAUACUAUCCUUAAGGAACUUCUAUUGCAAAAGAAAUGAGCUUAGCUUAAUUUUGAAUCUUAAUUAGAACAGAUCAGAUAUGAUAAGCAUUAUGAGUUGGGCUUUUACAACUUUGUUUAGCCUUAUAUAAAAAAAAUAUGAAUAUAGUAACAUGAAUUCCGAGUCCAACUUGGAAUUGAAAUGAAAAUGAAGAAUUUUUAUUCCUUCAAA